AUGGGGAUUUUGCAUUUUGACAUCAAACCUCAUAAUAUCCUUCUUGAUCAUAAAUUCACACCAAAGAUCUCUGAUUUUGGCUUAGCAAAGUUACACCCUAAGGGUCGUAGUCUUGUCACAAUUAGUGCUGCUAGAGGAACAAUUGGAUAUAUUGCACCAGAAUUAAUAUCGAGAAGUUUUGGGACUAUAUCUCAUAAAUCAGAUGUAUAUAGUUUUGGGAUGCUUCUAAUGGACAUGGCUGGUGCGCGUAUGCAUGCUGACCUGAAAGCAGAUGAUUCUAGUCAAGUUUACUAUCCUUCAUGGAUUUAUGAUAAGCUAAACAAGAUGGAAUUGUCUAAAAACUUUGGCAUUUUUGGGAUUGAUGAUUUUGAGAGGAAACUAUGUAAGGUUGGUUUGAGUUGCAUUCAGACACGUCCUGUGGAUCGUCCUUCCAUGAUUAAUGUUGUGGAGAUGCUACAAGCUAAUGUGGAUUCCAUAGAAAUGCCGCCAAAGCCAUUCUUCUCUUCUUCAGAUCCAGUGCCUUCAAUAGACAUUUCUAUGGAUUACUCUAAAUCUGAACUAUCAAUUAUUUUAGAGAAUAUAUAA